AUGGACGUUCUCAAGACAUUUGUCUUUGACAACACGCAAUACGACGUCGACAUUCAAAUCGUCGACGGCAAACCUAUCUUCAGAGCCGACAAGCUCGGCAAAAUCAUUGGUCUCAAAAAAAUUCGAUCGUCAAUCCAACACUUUGACCAAGAUGAAAAGGUCGUUCAACCGAUCGACACCCGUGGAGGUCACCAAGAUUGCACGUUCUUGACUGAAAUGGGCGUAUAUCGACUGCUCAUGCGAUCAGACAAACCCAUUGCGCGCCCCUUCCAGAAGUGGGUCGCUCAUGUGAUCGCGACCAUUCGCGAGACGGGAAAGUACGAACUUUCCAAACAGCUGGACGAUCUUAAAAGACAGAACGACAACGAAAAGGCCGAUCUUCUGAUGCACUACAAAUCCCAGCAAGAGAUGGAGACCCACUCUGUCCUUCUUGGUGGCUUUGAAAACAAAAAGCUCGUGUAUUACGGGAAAAUCGCAGAUAUCGAAGACGGAAAGUCACUCAUCAAAAUUGGACCUACGGGAAAUAUCAGGCAAAGGGUCGGCAGUCUUCGCAAUGGAUACGGCUCCUUCACAGUUUUCAGGGUCUUCGAGUGUCAGGAGCACGACAGAUUCGAGAGAUUUCUGCAUCAACACGUGGACAUCAAGCGAUACAGAAAGCCUAUCUACAAUGGAAAAGUUUCUAUGGAGACUUACGCCAUGAACGGCGAAGAAUUGAAGAAGGCCAUCGGUAUUGCUAUACGAAACGUAGUGCAGUAUCGCAGGGACACGGAACAGAUCAGAGACAUCAAGGACAUCGCGGAAGAUGUGGUACAGGCCGAGGUGGCUAAAGUGUUCGGAGAGAAACGCAAGACUCGUGGAUCAGAAGAGGUGCAACAGGAGUCCAAGAGAGGACACAACACAAGUCUGGGGCCGAAAAUUCAGAUUUACACUGAGGACGGGAACCUUGUCAAAACGUUCAAUCGACUCAUCGACACAUUGCGCGACGACCAAUGGAAAUUCGAUGAAAAAAUCUACCGUGCCGGUGUCGUUAAAGCAUGUGAAGGUGACUUCAUCUACGCUGGUUAUCGGUGGAUGAAACUCGACAGGAAUCUUGACGACGGCACUGUUCAACAACUGAGACCCACGAUAUUAAAGAAAAAUAUCCACAAAGGGCGGGUGGCCCUGCUGAGUUCGGAUGAAAGUGAAGUUGCAGAGCUAUAUCCGGACUUCAAAACGGCUGCUGAACAAAACGGGUUUCUAUCGACCGGAGCUCUCCAAAAACGAAGAAACAAGGGUGACAAAAUACACGGUCAUGUCAUCAGGCCAUGGUCAGAGUGCGGAGACGAGCUGCAGAAAUCGUACAGGGGACCCUUUCCCGACAAAACUACUGGUGGUAGGCACACGCGGUUUUGA